AUGGCAGACGACGCAGCGCAGUCCCCUCAUUCCCGUCUCUCCAUCGACAAGCUUAUCGCCGAUGCUGCAGAGCAAGGUCUUCCCCCGCCUACCGUCGAAACCCUCAUCCGGUCCCUCUCCUGUCCGCGCGUCCCGCUUAAGGGUUCAGGCUCCCUGGGCGACAUGAUGGUGACCGGAGAAGUAUCCGAUGAUCGAGCCCUCUUCGAUACCACCUGUCUCGUCCACCUCCCUUCGCUCGGACCACUUCUUUCGCGAGUCGGUCUCGACUACAUGCUCGCAAAACUUACGCUUCCUCGCGAGACCAGGCUGCGGGACCUUCACGAAGGGAUGCGUCGACAUCUGGACUGGCAUCUCAAGGACCUGCACGAUACGAACCAUGAGAUCAUACCCGACACUUUGGCUCGUUUCGUCGAGGAUGCGAGAUGGCUAUGGCUCGAGCUGCGCGCGCCAGAAGUUGAUGGACGACGGUCGUCCUUCCAGACAUCGCAUGACGAUUUUGCGGCGUGCUCCGCCUGGCAUCACGGUCAAGCGAGGAGCAAGUCGACCCUCGUCACGACUCCGGAGGGCUACGCUUGCGACCAGGCCAUCUCAGAGCUUGAGAGGUUCCGUACCGCGGUCGUGCCAUUGAGUCACCUGUCAAGGCUCCAGGCAGGCGAUGCGGGUUCCGUGCUGAUGGAGCUUCUCGACGCCUCUCCGAAGCCCCUCCAGACCGUCCAUCUCCUCCUCGGCGAGACCGACCUCAUGCCACUCUUCCUUCUUCCGACCACCGCACCGGACGCAGCCCUCUACAACCUCCUUGGUGGCUGCCCGACACCGAGAUCUCCACACGCUCACACUACGCUCUCGCACCUCGGCCUCUCCCUUGACGGGUUCAACAAGGCAGUCAAGUUAUGCCCGCCUCAGCCGAAUGCGCCCACCCAGCCGUCGCUUCCGAGCCGCCCCUCUGCUCUGCUGCUCUUCGGCGAUCGCGUGCCGUACCAUGCGAGCAUGGUAUCGCACGGUACAAGCCUCAUCCACCUCGCUUUCUCACUUAAGACUUCCGCGUUGAUCGCAAAGGCGGAACAGCAGAUUCGGGGGGACUUGCUCAAGCAGCUGCGCAAGCUCAAGUACUCACCGGCAAGACGCUAUAAAAGCGUAAAGCAGACGAGCUCGAUGCCGUCGGCUGGCUCUACGGCGUCGAAGGAAUACCGGCUCGUGACGUUUGCCGAGCUGCAGGAGAACGAGCCGAUCGACGUCGCUUUCGUCACCACUGACCAGCAGCUGGUCACGCUCCACCGGCUUCAACCCUACUCGAUGCCCUCUCCUGCAACCGACCCUUCUUCCAGCCUGCCAACUCCGCCCGAGUCUCCUCUUCUCGGCCGUCAAGCGAAAAUUACGAAGUUGGCAGCCCCCAAAAAGGUGCUUCUCGUCUCGAGCAGACGCAGGGAUAGCGGUUGGCAAGGCGACGUCUUCCGAGCCUACUGCGCCAACUCGCCUUUCUCGCUCGUCGUACACUACACGCGCUUCCACGAGCGUCGCUAUACAUGGCAGAAGCCUCACAAGCUCACGGACGAGAUCGACUUUUACCGCAAGUACGGGGACCGGCUCGCGGAGGAGAAGAUCGCGCCGCGGUUCGUCAGCGGAUGGACGACUGGACCGACUGACAGUCCGCACAUGUUUGGAUCGCCGUCGGCGGUCAUGAUUUUGGAGGAUUGCGGUCAAGUGCUCGACAUCAAGAGGAAAUUCGCCGUCUACGACCUCGCUCGACGUCUUCACGGCAAAUUCGGACUCGAACACGGCGACCUCUCGCCGCUCAAUUUUCUCUGGUACCCUUCGCUCGGCUACUCCUCUCUCCGACUCAUCAACUGGACAAGCUUCAGAGUCCACGAGGGGAAAUGCACCAGGAGCGCGAAGACAGCGAAAGAGCGCAUGGCGAACGAAGAAGAGCGCCGGCUGCGCGAAACGAAGCGGGUUGAGCGCGGGGACAGCGAUGAGGAGAGUGAAGAGGAGGAGCAUGGAUGCUCCGAGCUGGAUCGGCUGUGGCGCAAGCUGGGCCUGGCGGACGGAGUGUCGGCGGAGAAGAAGGAAAAGUGA